CGGGCCCAGUAGACCCGACCACAGCUUCGAGAUGCGCGGCUGAUGUGGAGCUACGAGAGGGGUCAAGGCAUACUCCGUAUACCCGGAUUGCUUGAAUAAGCUUCCCGGGGCACAGCAGUGGAAUGGUGGUGUAAAGUACAUAUGGACUGGUGCCACUUCAAGCCCCUCUCCGUAAGAUGCAUCAUUCCUGUCUUUAAUAUCUUCUUCACCAGGAAUCCAGAAGAUCCAAUCGGCACAAGUUUUCUGUCUAGUCUGAAUAUUCAACACUAUGGCAUUGCGUCUUCCAGGAAGAGCACUAUGGCAGGCAUCGCCAAGGCUUGCAACCCUCUCGCGUGUCUCGACCCAAGCACCACGAUGGACACGUAGUUACGCGAUACCGCCCUUGGAAGAAAAUCGAACUGCGAUUGUGACUGGUUCAUCACGUGGAAUCGGCAAAGCCAUUGCUCUGCGACUAGCCAACGAUGGCUACGACAUCUGCAUCAACGACGUCGAAGCCAACAAAAGUGGUUGUGAUGAAGUCGUGAAGGAGAUCGAAGGCCUAGGUCGCAAAGCGUUCGCAUACACAGCCGAUGUGUCAAACCUGAAUGAGGUACAAGGUCUGGUCCAGGCAUCAGUGUCUGAACUCGGGCCAUUGAACACAAUGAUCGCGAACGCUGGUAUCUCCCAAGUCAAAGCACUCCUAGAUUUGACCGAGCAAGAUUUGAAGCGCAUGUUUGAAGUGAAUGUUUUCGGCCUUUACAACUGCUAUUCAACUGCAGCAAAACAAAUGAUCUCCCAAGGGGGCGGCGGCAAGAUCCUCGGCGCAGCCUCAAUCGUAGCCUUCAAGCCCUUUCCUCUUCUUUCGCACUAUAGCGCUUCCAAGUUCGCCGUCCGAGGCCUGACGCAAGCCUUUGCUAUGGAGAUGGCAACACACAAAAUUACAGUUAACGCUUACGCGCCGGGCAUCGUAGGAACUGCGAUGUGGGAUCAGAUUGACGAGGGGCUAGGUGAGCUGAAAGGUGUAAAGAAGGGCGACACGAUUAAGAAGUAUAGCGAGGAUUUGAUUGCGUUGGGGAGGACUAGUGUUCCCGAGGAUGUCAGUAGUACAGUAAGCUUUUUGGCGAGUAAGGAUAGCGAUUACAUGACAGGACAGACAAUCGUGAUCGACGGGGGUAUUGUUUUUACAUAGUGAAGAUGAAUUGUGAGAGGUUUCAUUCCCGG